AUCCCUAAAACCUUAUUGCAUAUAUAUUUUACAUGUAUGACUUGCCUGUCUCUGUCUGUUUCUUUCCUUUUUCAGUCAUUAAAUCCCCAUCUCCUCCACUUCUAUUUUAUUUAUUCGUCGCUUUGCUGAACCGGUGAGCGCUUGGACUGUUUUUACUUGGUUAAGUUGCAGAUUAUGGAUAGUGGUCCAGAUCCAAGUUUGUAUCCAUUGCACCGCUGCAAAACAAUUCAUGUGGUGAGGCAUGCACAAGGAUUGCAUAAUGUCGAGGGAGAAAAGAACUACAAAGCAUACUUGAAUCCUGAAUAUUUAGAUGCUCCCCUCACUCAACUAGGCUGGCAGCAGGUUAAUUAUUUGCGGAAGCAUGUCCAUGCAUCUGGGCUCUCCAAGAGGGUUGAAUUAGUUGUUACAUCCCCAUUGCUCAGGACAUUGCAAACAGCUGUUGGAGUUUUUGGUGGGGAGGGCUACACGGAUGGGAUGAAUGCACUUCCACUAAUGGUGGCAAAUGUUGGAAACAGUGGUCGAGAAGCAAUUUCAAGUCGUAAUUCGCCACCAUUCAUUGCCGUAGAAGAUUGUCGAGAACAUUUUGGUGUACAUCCUUGUGACAAGAGACACAAUGUCAGCGAGUAUCAAUUUCUUUUUCCUGCAGUUGACUUUUCACUGAUAGAAACUGAUGAGGAUGUACUGUGGAAGGCCGAUGUGAGAGAGACAACUGAAGAACUGGCUGCAAGGGGACUGAAGUUUUUAAACUGGCUGUGGACAAGGAAAGAGAAGGAGAUAGCCAUUGUUACCCAUAGCGGGUUUUUGGUUCAUACAUUGCGUGCAUUUGGAACUGACUGUCAUCCAUUGGUGAAGAAAGAAAUGGACACACGCUUUGCUAAUUGUGAGCUUCGAUCUAUGGUCAUUGUUGACAGAAGUAUGAUUGGAUCAGAUGUUUCAACGACUAACUAUCCUGGAAAGAUUCCUUCCGGGCUGGAUUUCCCUAGUGAUGUUGGGGAGGAGGAAGCACCCAAUUCAAUUUAGGUGAUGAACAGAUUGAAAUUGAUUUGAGCAUUCUAAAUUAGAUGUUUGGCUUUCUUGGAAAACUGUGGCUAUUGAUUUGUUCACCCCUGUUACCUGUAACUGGGAUGCAUUCCCAGUCGGGAGUCAUGUUAUUUGAAACAUGUAGGAAAUAGACAAGACUAAGGUGCAUUCCGGCCUGGCGGGGUACAGUGAAAUCGAAACCUGUCAAAGCGUUUACCAAAAGCUUUUGCAGUUAAAUCAACACUCAAUUUGGGUCA